GGCAACGCUUUGUCUCGUAUAGCCGCAACGUUGUUUGUGGUGGGAAGAAAAUAGUUCUGCAGAAGAAAUAUUUCCGCUUUUUGUUAAUUGUAAUAAACAAUUAUCAAAGUUGCACGGCAUACAAGAAAACAAUGUCGACGGAGGACUUCUAUUUGCGCUAUUAUGUUGGCCACAAAGGCAAGUUUGGGCACGAGUUUCUGGAGUUUGAGUUUCGGCCAGAUGGAAAACUGCGGUACGCCAACAAUUCCAACUACAAAAACGACACCAUGAUCCGCAAAGAGGCAUUUGUGCACCAGUCCGUCAUGGAGGAGCUGAAGCGCAUUAUAAUUGACUCGGAAAUAAUGCAGGAAGAUGAUUUGCCAUGGCCGCCACCAGACCGUGUUGGUCGACAGGAACUGGAGAUUGUCAUUGGUGAUGAGCACAUCUCGUUUACUACCUCAAAAACGGGGUCUUUGGUGGACGUUAACCGCUCCAAGGAUCCAGAGGGCUUGCGCUGUUUCUAUUACUUAGUGCAGGAUCUUAAAUGUUUAGUCUUUUCGCUAAUCGGCCUGCAUUUCAAGAUUAAGCCCAUAUAAAAUAGAAUAUCUCAAUGUUCCCCAACUGUAUUCAACUCAUUUUCUAUCGUAAACACAAAUAUAAUAGCUGACUCAUUAAAUUUUGUAAUGACAAACUGAAA